AUGGACGGCGCCACUGAAAGCGGAGGAGGUCUGAGCAAGCUGCUGCCAAAGUCAAUCGCAGCCAAGCGCCGCCGCAGAAAACAAGAAGCCCAAGAAGAUGAAGCCGCUGCCGCAACGGCCGCUUUGCUGAUAGGGGUCAAGGGGGAAGAUGUUACCGCUCCAGCUGUUACGCCUGCACCACUCAGAGACGAUGAUGCCAGCCAUCUGUCCAACAGACGCGACAGCGGCUCUUACGUCCAUGACACGGACAGCUUUGUUGGAUUUGGAAAAGACGGCUCGACAGGGUUUCCCGACUACGACUACGACCACUACAACGAGCACGGCCACGCCGCCCACGACACCCGCGACGCGGACGAGGCCAGCACCGAAGCCACAAGCAUGCUGUCGCUGGAAGACCCUGAAUUUGACGAUCAUCAAUCUUUCUCUCAGCACUCUCGACCAAGUGCCAUAUCGACACAUCCUUCGCAAAUAGGUUACUUGACCACUUCUUCCCCUAUCGUUCAGGCAACCCACUUGCCUGAACCCCAACCUCAGAUACUGGACGACCAACUCUCCCAGAUCGCCUCGGCGCGAUCCACUCUCUCUGCCAAGCGGACGCAAUCCGUCGAAUCGUCGACAGAUUCGUCUCUGCGCUCCAAACGCAGUUUCACAAGUCUUGUGCCACCCAAGAAAAACACCACGAGAUCGCCAUCCCCCGUUGGCCGUCUCAAAGGUGUUUUUACAAAGUCAAAAAAGACUCCCAGUGCCGCCACGAGCCCUGACCGGUCCCUGGGCGGUGACGAAACCCCCGACCACGACCGAGACACGCGGAGAACUAGAGACCGAGGUAGAGCCACUGCUUCCACCUCUGACCUCACCACAACCACAAAGCCGUUUCUAGACAGUUCGACCGCGCCACAACCGAAUGCGACCACCGACGCAGAUGCAUCUCGCGUAAAACAAUCAACAACGCAAUCCCCUGAGCGACGUCGCUCCAGGGCCUCCACGAACACCUCACGAAUCGACACCUCCUUCGUACCCCAAACCCCGCCCAACGCCGACAAGACGCCCGUCAUCGUCAAUACCCCUCCGACGCCGACCGACCACAACGCACCCUACGCUCAAUCACCUCCGCCGGCCCCAGCUCCGCAGCCCGCUCCCGAGGUCUCUGUCACUGCCUCAGGCAACACGAAUGGUGGUUCUGCCACGGGUAGUAUGCUUGCUCACCGCAGGGGUAGAUCAGGAUCUGGAAGUUUAGGACCAAGCAAACUGUCCAACAUAACCCUCGCGCCUUUGACGCCCACCCCCGAGAACGGGACCGCAAGCAACCCAGGAACUCCAUCUGGCGGAAGCGGCUUCUUUUCAUCCGUCCUCUCGGCUGCGCAAAACGCCGCGACCUCGCUCACAAGUACCAUCCAGAAUACCGGAAUAGGACCGACCCCUCCCAAGAACAAGAACGUGGGCAAACCCCCCGAUAUCAAGAUCGACGAGCAACCCGAGGUCGAGCCGCCGCCUCCAUCCGCAACAGGUUCGACCAUGGAGAAAGAGCCUGCAGUCAAGACCAUUGGGUCGGGCGAGCUGAGCCUCAGUCAAUUAGGUAUAACAGACACAGCCAGCAAUGCAGGAACGCCCAUUACAGCAAAAUUCCCCGAAUCGGACGCACGAGCUAGAAGCGAGUCAGCUCCGACUGACGCUGCCUAUGCCGCUGCCACACGCGACCUCGGAGUAGAUGACGGCCGAAACGCGGCGAGACCCCAAUCACUGUACGAUCCAGGAAGCACCGGCGACCGAACCCCUCCGCAGGGCAGCAUCCACGAGGACAAGAUUUCCGGAGUCCAGCGCAGUGGAAGUAUUCGAAGCGCCAUUGGACGCCAUCGCAAGCGAGGAAGCUCAGCUGUGUCGGGAGGUACGGCUACUACUAUUGGCGCUGCCAUUGCUGCGGCUAACGCGUCUCUUGCUCACCCUCAAGCCAACGCGAGCGUACCGAAACUUACUGGAUUUGCGGUUGCGAGCAAGAAGCGCAACCGAGAUUUCCAUGGAUUUUUCAAGAGCGUGCCCGACGACGAUUACCUCAUCGAAGACUACAGCUGUGCGUUGCAGCGCGAGAUCCUGGCGCACGGCCGCCUAUACGUAUCCGAAGGCCACUUGUGCUUUAGCAGCAACAUCCUCGGCUGGUCGACCACGCUCGUCAUGAGCUUUGACGAAAUAGUAAGCGUCGAGAAGCGUAGCACGGCCCUGGUCUUCAAGAACGGACUCAUGAUUUCGACCCUCCACGCCAAGCAUAUUUUUGCCAGUUUUACCAGUCGAGACUCGACUUACGAUCUGAUUGUCAACAUUUGGAAACUCGGACACCCGACCUUACAAAGCUCGCUGAACGGAGUGCAGUUGGAGGGUACUGGUGGUGAUAAGACAGAAAAGGUUGACGCGAAUAGUGCUGUGGUAGCAGAAGUUGAUGAUGGUAGUUUGUCCGGCACCGAUGAGGAGAGUGACUCUGGCGACGACGACGACGUUUACGACGAAGACGAUGAUGCGGAAGACUUGCAAGAUGUCACCCAACUGUCAGAAGUUAACGCUGAGCCUGAUGGCGGAAAGACAGUAUCUCGCAAGGUAUCUGGUGCAGGUGCUAAUGGCGCUGUCGCCGAUGCCGUCAAGGAGGCUGUCGGUGCUGCUCCUGGUGGCAAUGAUUUUCCCGGCCCGGCCACUCAUGCGGCGACAGACUGCGGAGACUCUGAUACGCAUUACGACAGGGUUGUCGGCGACGACGUUAUCCCUGCGCCUCUGGGCAAGGUGUACAACUUACUCUUCGGUCCAGCAUCGGUCACUUGGAUGACCAAAUGGCUUACUGUUGAGGCCAAGUGCACAGAACUGACUAUGGAGGACAAGAAGGGGCUGACUCUCGAUAACAAAUCUCGAUAUUUCACCUACAUCAAGCCACUCAAUGGAGCCAUUGGCCCAAGGCAGACAAAAUGUCUUGUUACGGAGACUUUGGAUCAUCUGGACUUUGAGAAAGCCAUCAAUUUUAGCGUCACCACACAAACCCCCGAUGUGCCGAACGGCAACAUUUUCAGCGUCAAGACGAAGUAUUGUUUGACGUGGGCCGACAACAACUCUACCAGAGUGCAAUCCAACUGCACUAUCGAGUGGACGGGCAAGAGUUGGUUGAAGGGUCCUAUUGAAAAGGGAGCAAACGAUGGUCAGACUCAGUACUGCAAAGACCUCUUCGCCAGUCUGAAAUCGGCUGUAUCUACCAAAGCCCGCGCAGGCGGUGCGGGAGCGGGCUCAGGCCCCAAGGGCAAGAAGAAGAGCAAGAAGAGCAAGGCGGCAGGCUCAACAACGGAUGCUGAAGACGAGCAGGUCCGGCCCAAACAUGUUCCCAAGACGGAUUGGGGUCCAUUGGAGCCUGUGCGAGGCAUUCUCGAGCCAAUCCUGGACAUUGCCAAACCACUUCUCACGGGCAACAUGAUGUACGGUCUCCUAGUUGGUCUCCUCGUUGCGACGUGGUUCGGCUUUGGCCUGCCCGGUAGACAAGCAUCUGGAGACAUGCGCAUGUACGGUUACCCGGAUCGUCUUGCGGCGUACGACGAGAUGUGGAGACGCGAAGAAAGUGAACUCUGGGAGUGGCUGGAGGAGAGAGUCGGAUUGGAGCGCCUGCAUGAUGGCAACUUGCCCACGCGAAAGCGGGCAAUGGAGCCGAGCACGGCGGAGGAGAGGGUCAGAGAGGACCGCAUGGAUGAGCGGGAGAUCGAAGAGGCAAUCAAGGUGACGGAAGAGAAGCUUAAGGUGUUGAAGGGCGUCAUGGACAAGAAGAAGCCAACAUCCGGUUGA